AUGCAUGUCGAGGAACUGAUGCCUCGGCGAGAGUCUGCGCAAACCCACCGCGCCGUGCCAGGUGGCUGGUCGACGCCCGAGCCUAUGACGCCAGAACCUGCGGGUGCUGCGCCUCUGCCUACCCCGUCGCCUGUGCGCCCACCGCCGCCGCCCAAGCCGCAGACGAACGGAAGGACGCCCAAGCAGAAUGACAAAGGGAAAGCGCCCGAGAAAAGGCCCUCACCGCCUCAACCCUCGCACUACGACGAGGACGAGGCUGACGCGCUCGCGCGGUCCGUGCCAGGGGGCUUCGAGCCCCCGCCCGUGAGGAACAAUGCGCAAGAAUUCGACGACCGCGACACGGUGCCGGAUCUGCCCCCGCCGGUGAAGGAGAAGGCGCGCAAGCCGCGGAAACGGACGAGUGUCGCGUCAGCGGCGAGUCUGACGUCGCUUGAGGACGAGCCGGUGAGCGCGCGGAGGCGGUCGUCGCGUCUGAGUCAGAGGAAGAGAUAG